CUCUUCAGUGAUCCAUCCUGACUGCAAGAUCCCCUGAAAAUACCGCUUGAUGCCAGCCAGCCGGGUUCAUUUACCCUCAGAUCACUGAGAGUGAACUGCUUCAAAAACACGCGGAAUAUCUGGGGACGGUUAAACCAACAUGGCCAGUGGGUGCUGUGUAUUUGUCUUAUUCUCCCUCCUCCAUGUCUCGCUGAGUGUGGAAAUGACACGGUUAUAUGGCAGCUUCACCUCCCCCAACUUCCCCCAGCCAUACCCUGACAACCAGCACAUAGUGUGGAACAUCAGUGUCCCAGAUGGCCACAGGAUCAAACUCUACUUCACCCACUUCAGCAUGGAACCCUCAAACCAGUGUGAAUAUGAUUACAUCCAGGUUUUGGCAGAGGGGAAUGAAACCUUGCGGUUCUGCGGUCAGGAAGAGAAGAACCAUGAAAGCACCCCGAGGAACACGGUUAUCCUGUCGGCUUGGAACCUCAUGUCAGUAGUCUUUAGGAGUGACUACUCUAACGAGGGCCGAUUCACAGGCUUCCAAGCAUUUUACACCUCGGAAGACAUAAAUGAGUGUCUGUCCAAGAUAGACGGGGAGAGAGUCUGUGAUCAUUUUUGCCACAAUUACAUCGGUGGAUAUUACUGCACCUGCAGACAAGGAUAUUUUCUCCAUGACAACAACAGAUCCUGCACAGUGCCAUGCAGCAGCCAGGUGUUGACCUCACUGUCGGGAGUUCUGACCAGUGAGGGCUACCCCAGUCCCUACCCACCCAUGAGUCAGUGUGACCACACCAUUCAUUUGCCGGAGGGCUACAGAAUAAUCCUGGACUUCCUGGAACCCUUUGACAUAGAGGGACAUCCAGAUGCCCCCUGUCCAUACGAUAUGUUGAAGAUUUCAACAGCUGGACAGGAGUAUGGACCUUUCUGUGGAUCAAUUCCACCAGGUCGCAUUGACACAGGAAGUUACCAAGUCCAUGUUGCUUUCAGAUCUGAUGCUACCGGGAAAAACAAGGGAUGGAAGAUCAAGUACACAAGUAUCAAGACUGAUGGCUCGUUGACAUGAACAUUUCAUGUGUAGUUAUACACAGUAAAAACAUGUUACACAGUUACACACAGCCAAACCUUUGUGAUGAAUCUCAGAUAUUGUGUUUCACCAUGAGACUAGCAGAAGCAUUAUCUUCAUGAUACCUUAGUAUGAAAUUAUGAUCCUAGUGCCAGAAAGCUAAUUCCCAAUUUUCAAGCAGUUUUAUUCUAAUUGUUACAGGUGAGAUGCUGAUAAUCUCACCAGCACAAUCCUAUUUGAAUCAUGUUUGUAUUAAGUCUUGUUUCAUUACUUAUAAAAAGGAAGGAAAACUCAAAGAUGCCUGUACUUAAUUACUUGUACUUACUGUAAUUUAAACACUUUUAAAUAAAUGUUCAUUUAAAUACUUUGAUUUUUCCAUGACCACAACAUAGAACCUGAAGCCACGAAUGUCACACACACAAAAAAAAACACAAUAAAAUUGUUGCUGAUUGCAAAACGUUUUGCCCUUUUUUAUCUAAAGACGGGAACAGAAUUUAAUGCUCUGGCGGAAAUGAUAAAUUAAUUCCGUGAAGCAUUGUGGAAGUCAGUCCGUCUGGUCUAAGAUGCUGUGAACGUUAGUCGUUUAACCUUCAUACAUUAUGCAGCUUGUUCUGAGCAAUCCCAACUCUACUCCUCUAUCAAAACAGCCAUUAUUGUAGGGUUCUUCAGUCCCACCAAAUUGCCUCUCAUUUGACACUUUCGCAUUCACUCAGUGACGUUUCCUCCAUCUGUGCCCGACAAGUGGGGAAAAAGAGCACGCCUGUCUGUGUGGCUGUGCGAAAUAAACGCACUUGUGUUGAUUUAUUUUUCAUUUGUUUUUCCCCAUUUUGUCUCUUGAAAUUAGGCCAACAACAAAAUACAACAACUUUUUUUGUGAAGUUAUGACUUGUUUUAUAACCUCAUUAUGUUAACUGGAUUGCUGUGCUGCUACAUACUUUGCGCUUUGAAGGCCACCACAACUUAGCAAAGCAAAGCACUGACCCUUACAUCACCUUGGCAUUUGCAACUCAACAGCAUCAUAAGGUCUUAGGUGGACAUGAUUUCUCUGAAAGUCAUCUGACCACAUAGGAUAAGAUUUGUUUGUGGCAUGAAAUGCCCUGACAGUCCUCAGGGCAACUGCAGAGCAAACACCCAGUUGUUACCUGAGUACUGGUAACUCACAAUUUAAUUCACAGAGACAGUGUGACACAUGAAUCGACUUCUCCCGUAGCCCACUCACUUCUAUCUGUUCAGCCUAGUUGGAGCUAAUUCCACAGGAAUUACGCACACCAUGAAACCCAUUAACCAACAGCUGGAAAAUAUCUAACAGCAGCAUGCAGCCAAUAGACUUACAGCUGGAGCCCAUCACUAUUUUGUUGACAACCCUGCAUCAUGUGUAUGAAUCCAGUAUGUGUGGAGAGUGAUAUACAGUUUUAAAAAGAAAAAAUAAUGUUUCUGACUUUGGAACAGUAAGUAUUAACCAGUAUUUUAAAGGUAUUUUAAAUUUACACAGAAAAACAAAAACACUAUUUUGAUUCAGUCUUCAGAGGAGUUUGUCU